AUCAUACUUUCGAAAGUGAUCUUCGUAAAUUAUUUAACCAGAAUGUGAUAAUUGCUUAUAUAAUUCAAGUUACUGAAGGAGAUGGUGGAUUAGAUUUAUUACUAUUAUAUCAGGGUAAUCAAAUAUGUGUACAGUGUAAAGAUAGAGAAAAUGCUUUUACAUUAUUUAUAUUGAAAGAAUUUGAAUCCACAAUGACACAUUUUAAAAAUUCAUUGGGGAUUUUGGUUUAUAAUAGUAAGACCAUGAAACUGGAAAAUAUUUGA